AUGGCCAGCGACACGCAAGCGGUUGCGGCGGAGAUGGUCGCGGCCCAUCACGAGGAGCAACGCCCAGAAGAGCAGCAAAACCCAGAGGAGGAAGAGGAGGAGGCAAAGCAGUGCGUGGAAUGUGAGGACCAGGUGGCGGAGGUGGAGUGCCUGGACUGUGGAGAGUUUUUCUGCAGACCGUGUCGUGAUCAGCAACACCGCAAAGGCAAGCGGCGGGCUCACCGAACGCGGCGUCUGCUGGGCAAACUUGUGGCCCAAGGCAUGGGCACCGUUGUUGGCCAAGAGGCGGGUGCCGCCGAAGAGGACGACAAGGGGAAGCAUCCAUCCGCUCACGAAGAGUCGGACAUGUACCGGGAGGAUGUCAAGUACGUGCCCUUGCGGCUGACGCCCGACGAGCGGGUGAAGCUGACAGUGCUGGAGGGUGCGCUGCGCGUGAGCGAGUACACAGACCGGGUUGAUGUGCGCACGUGGAACAAGGACGCCAUCAUCGAGGGCGAGAUUGAAGAAAUGAUGCAGACAUCGCUGGUUGACACUGCGAGCGAAGCGCGGGAUCUUGUGGCCGAGCGCACCGCCGCCAUCAACCGCCUCACAUCGAAGCAUAUGUCUGCGACGCUGAGCGCGGAUGAUGUGGAGCGGGUAGUGAAUUCGAUUACGGACAGCAACAACUACCAGGCGGCAACCGGCGCCCUUGUCCUGAAGAUGAUCAAAUACCUCAAGACUUACUUCUCCCCAGACAAGGCCGACGAGUUCUCAGACCUCAGCAUCGGGUAUGGUCGUGGCGGGUCAAAGCUCUCCCACGGCCACCGCGAACAGUACACAUAUGUCCUGCAAACACUCACCCUCUGGCUUGAGAUUACACAGCAGAUGUUCUACCUGUGGUGGGCGUCGGACCACGACAUGCUGCGCCCGGGGAACCGCUACUAUCUCUGCAACACGGGCCAGGGUCUCAACAGGAUGCAGCAGUGUCCCACCGUCUCCCAGGCCAUGCACCGCAUUCUCGGGUCCGUGCAGCGGCGGUGCGGGCGGUGGGUUGGACUGAGUGUUGUUCACCUCGGCGACAGGGAUGUCCCCAACGCGCUGUUCUUCAUCGAUAAGUACACACAAGUGCCGCGCAUGUUGGCGCCCAUCGUGCAAACGCUCGACCGCAUUGACGAGCUGGCGCGCAACCCGUCCACGGCGGAAUUCAUCGCCGCCUACGGAAAACCGGACCACCUCCGCAAGAUGCUCCUUCGCGACUUCUUCAGAAAUGCGUUCAAUGGCGAUGGCGACGACGGCGGGUCGUGUAUCGACGGGCGGCUGACGUCGGCGUGGAAUUGGUGUUCAAAGCUGGAGAAGAACCAGUUUUACCGCGUGUACAUGCUCGCUGGCUUCCAAGGAUUCGAUGGCAGCUUCCUCAACUAACAAACCAACACUUGAACCACAGGCAUCUCCUUGUGUGUGUGUGUGUGUGUGUGUGUGUGUGUGUGUGUGUGUGUGUGUGUGUGUGUGUGUGUGUGUGGAAGUGUGUUGGUGCACUUGGCUUGUUUGCGCUUAUUCUCCUUCCCAUCUUCCAUUCUUCCACUUUUUCCUCGCAUGGGCCGUUCCCGUGUGAUGUGACAUGUGACAUCACUGUCAGCAACAGCCACACCAAUACACAACCAACCCAUCA